CCUGCACAUCGGGACGCAGGCACGGCCCCGCAUCUUCGACCUGGAGGUGGCGAUGCCCGAGGUCCUGUACGAGGAGGUGAUCGAGGUGGACGAGCGGCUCAUCCCGGAGCAGCCGGGCUGUCACCUGCCCGGGAGUGACACCUGGCCCCGGGUGGAAGGCUGCUCCGGGGUGACCCUGCUGGUGCAGCGGCCGCUGGAUCUGGGGGGGCUCCGGCGGGAGCUCGAGGGGGUCCUGGCCCGGGGCAUCCAGAGCCUGGCUGUGCUCCUGCUGCACUCCUACAUGUGGCCGGGGCAUGAGGAGCAGGUCGGGGCUCUGGCCCGGGAGCUGGGGUUCCGGCAGGUCUCGCUGUCCUCGGCGGUGGCCGGGAUGGCCCGGGCCGUGCCCCGGGGCUUCACCGCCUGCGCCGACGCGUACCUGACCCCCGGCAUCCGGCGCUACCUGCGCGGCUUCUGCCACGGCUUCGCCGACCAGCUGCGCGGGGUGCGGGUGCUGUUCAUGCGCUCGGACGGGGGGCUCACCCCCAUGGGCAGCUUUGGGGGGGCCCGGGCCAUCCUGUCGGGGCCCGCGGCGGGGGUGGUGGGCUACGCCCGCACCACCUACAACAGCCUCGACGGGACCCCCGUCAUCGGCUUCGACAUGGGAGGCACCUCGACCGACGUGAGCCGCUACGCGGGGGAGCUGGAGCACGUCUUCGAGGCCACCACGGCGGGGGUCCCCAUCCAGGCCCCCCAGCUCGACAUCAACACCGUGGCAGCCGGGGGGGGGUCCCGCCUCUUCUUCAGGUCUGGUCUGUACGUGGUCGGCCCCGAGUCAGCGGGAGCCCACCCGGGCCCCGCCUGCUACCGCAAGGGUGAGUGAGUGUCCCCCUGACACCCCCCUGACACC